CGACAUAUGUCUCACAAUGUUGCUGAACUUGGCAUGUUGCUCAUCGAAUUCACCUUUCUUAGGCCAAUAUGGAUAAGGAACUUUAGAUAGAAUCUCGGUGAUUUUUUUUUAAUUUCUAGUACUUCCUCCAAAUUGUCUUCUUUAUUGAAAAUGAGUUCUCACCCUUGAACUUAGGGUCUUCCCUCAACUCCUCAAAUUCCUUAGCUAAUUCAAUGACGACCUUUUUUGAGGAGGGACUUGCUUCUUAGUCUUCUACUUUGGUAUUUGAACUUUCUUUCCACUUCAAAGAGAGACACCAGGAGACUCUUCUCGUGGAAGUAGCUUGGUAUGUCUAGGAGAUGUAUCCAUCGACUUCGACAUCCAUACUUGGGCAUUGUGCUUGUUGAAUUUGUUAAUUUCCUCGAGUUCUUGAAAACGUUGAUUGGUGUUAGCAACAAACUUAUCCAAUAACUCAAACCCCUUAAUAGAUGUGGUCACAAAUUGACCAAUAACAUGCUUCGUCCUUUCCAUUAUAUUACUUAAUUUUUGGAUUGAAGAUAAAGCGGCUCCAACUAUUUUUUAAGAAGGUAAAGUCUCUGUUGUUGAUGAAGUCUUGAAUUCUCAUGGUGGAGUUUCCACUAUUUAGACUUGGUCCACAUACUUUAAGAAGAGUAAUUUGCACAAACCUUCAAUCCCUGUUCACAUAGACUAAUAUUACUGUUUGUUCAGAGACUUUUUAUUAUUCAUAGGCUUUCUAUUGGUUGGCUGACUGUGGUUGGACCUACUCUCUCUGGCCCCAUUGUGUAACUGCCGCCAUUUAAUUUCUGCUUUCCUUUGUCUUGGAUGACGCACCAGACUCGAGUGCCGUACGAUCUCCUCUCAUCUCUCGUCGGGAUUCCACGCCUUACGAUGCUCCAGAUAAUGGACGGCUUUGGGUCUUCUGCGUAAUGAUGGGCACUCCUUUUCUCGCUUCCCUCUCUUGCUCUCUACUUUGGGAUGACCGUUUCCCUAUGUACCUGCCCUGCAAUCUGAUGGGACUGUUGCCACUAGCUCGGUGACAACACCACGUCUCUCCACCUUGCCGCCUCACUUCUGCACUUCCUCUCGGUUUUCUUGCGGAGAAAGCUGAGAAAUCCUCUCCAAAUAUCCUCCCCAAAACAGUUCGGUGGUUUCUUACCCUGGGCCAUCCUCUGUCAGUGGUGCCUCCGAAAUCACCUGAAUCACUUCUCACCUCGCCGCAAUGGAACAUACUCUUCCCUGCAAUCUCGGCGGCCCGCGGAAACCAGUUGUUAUCCUCCGUUUGCGUACCCUCCACCUGUGGGCUGCAAAAUCUCUGGGGGACAUUCGAAUAUACAACUACUGUAGUCUCUGGGUUGAUGAAAUCGGUGUGUUGAUUCACGGUCUUUCGCAUGCUUCGAUGGCCUCCGAGAUUCGCGAUGCCUUGCAUGUCGGAAAGAUAUAUGUCCUCCGAUCUUUCGGGAUCAACAGCCCACCAAAUUUGUAUCGAGCUUGUGAUUUUGAUCUGUCUCUUUCAAUUAGUCUUGUCACUUCCUUCCAGGAGUGCUCGCUCCCUGCUGAAAACUUUCCUGUAGACGCCUACGAAUUCCUCCCACUUGCUCAGCUGUUUACACGCACUGGUGACCAUCGUCUGUUGACAGAUGUCAUAGGUCGAAUCCACUCUAUAAGUGGGGUGUCGCACAAAAUCACUAACAAUGGUACGUAUGUUAGGCAGACGGUCGUCAUUGAGGAUGAUAGUUGUCACAAGGCCACCAUAACUCUGUGGGAUGAGUUCUCAGGGAUCCUGGAUAGUGUUGCUCUGACUCAAGCUGAUUCACUAUAACCCCUCAUUCUUGCUUUCGGGGGCCUUUUGGUUAACAUGUUGGGAGGUGUGUUCGUCCAGCUCUGCUUUGCCAGUUGGAACAUUUUUUCCUGCCUUCUGUGAUUUUUUGAUUUCCCUUCCUUUUCUCCAGCCACCUUUGUUCUGUCGAGCUUUGCUGCCACAUGUGUGAGUGUCAAUCCACCGGUUCCGCAAGCAUAUCAACUGGCAUCUAGGUUAGUUUGUUUUGCUCUUUGUCAAGGUUUUCCCGCAAUUCCUUAAGAGUUUGUGUUCACGUGUGCUUUCUGUAUUUACAUAGGUUUGUUGAUCGCCAUGAGGUUGUUGGUACGCUGGCUAUUGAGUUUGCGACAGCUUCGGCUGCUGCAGCUGAUGCACAGCGGUGCACGCGGACACUAGCUCAGCUUAUUGACCUAUCUCAUACAAAUGCUUCGCUGGAAGAUAUUGUUCGUUUCUUAGGAUUUGCAAAACAAACUUUGUCCCCCUACUUUAUGAUUCAGUGUAUUCGUUUUGGUCUCCUGCUUUGAAGACAUCGAGACUCAUGAGCCUUGGUAUUAUAACGCUUGCAGGCUGUGCAACAAAGCUACUUCUAGGCG